CAAGAUGUCGUUAUUGGCUCUGAUACUCUCUAUUUAUCUCAUCUUUGUCUCACAAGGGUUCGCACAAACUCAGGAUCCUGGAGCUAUCAAGUACCUUGGCGUCAGUUACAAUGGUCUUUAUGGCAACCCAGAGGGUCGUCGACCUAUCGGAGGUGUCGACCCAGGACUGGAUCUCCUGCACCGCAUUUUCGAGUUAACAUAUGAAGAAGGAGUUCCAAAACCCAACGAAGUGGACUACAAUUUUGGUGUAAGUUGCGAGACCGUAAGAACUGAGGAACACUUCUGGGGUACGUUGGGAUACCAAGAACACCGUCUCAAGGACCAUGGAAGAGCGGACCCUGACGCCAACAACUUGGAAGGAUACGAGUUCACUCUCAGUGAACUGUAUAACUGGGUUAACGAUAAUAGUAAUAUUGGCGGGAAUACGUACUUCGACGAAAAGGAUGUUUGUGACCAUGGCGACGCCACGUACAAGUUGGGAUCAUUCGAAUCUGAGAACUACUAUCUCAACGCUGACUUUGUAACACAGACAUGUAACUUGCCGUUAGUAUAUGAUGAACAACAGUACAUGCUUUACUUGGAUACAUGGGGAACGGACGUGGUAAUCAAUGUGUCUCUCGGUCAGAAAUCUACAACAAGAUACGAGACAGGUAGAGUUGAUGUGGUGCACCAUGCAGCGGAAGAAUAUCCAAAUACAGUCAUCUACAAUGGCCCAUACAACGGAUAUGACGAUUCCUUGCGCGUUGAUAUGACAGCGUAUACGACUCUUGCGACGUCAGGUGUUGGUGUAUCACUGGGUACUCUUCACACCGGUGACGAGGAGUUGUCUGUUCCAAUCGCAAUUGAGGUGAUUAGCAUAGAUGAGGUCUUGGACAGCACCUUCUGGGGUCGAUUUGCAGAAUAUGACUGUGCGCUGCAAGAGUUACCCGACCUCCUCACUCUGCAAAUUAAUGUGUUGAAGGCGUUGCAAGUAUAUGCGGAGUACAAGAACGCUGACACCCCUUCAAACCCUGUUGUAGUGACACCGAUUACGUGGCCCGAUGGUCUAUACGGUGUACCAGAGACAGUCUUCAAUCCCAGUUGUCCCUCGUCGCCAGAUUUUACAUAUACAACAGGGUGGCGCUACCAUGACACUGCUGAUGUCGCUGCAGAUAAUCAGUGGUCAGACCCUUACAGCUUGAAAGGACCGGUUGAUGAUGCCAACAUGCAGCAGAAUUUCUGUAUGAAAUUAAACGAUGUCGUCACAACUUAUGACUGGAAAUGGAUGCGGGGGGAGUACUGUAUUUACAGAGAAGGUGGUGUCUGCCCCGCAGGGUUUCAAACCGGCUAUGUCUACUGGGACGAUGAAGAUUUCAAUAACUCUAACGACCUCGGUGGCGAAUUACCAGACGGCAUCUACGACGAAGAUACUAUGAUCCAUUACUGUUGUCGGGAAGACGCGCCAGACGCUGCCCACGUGAUCUACCUGCCAACAACCGACCCCUUUGUCCUCAUCAAACGAACAACUCUCUGUCCCGAAGUUUACGGCAUGACCGUCAGUCAUCAGUGGUUUUACUGGGAUUGUGAAGAUACUGGCAAUGAAUCGGAAACUAACGGUUUCCAUCCGUAUGAAGACGGUGGCUCCGAGAAUCACCGAUUACAUUACUGUGUCUAUAACUAA